AUGAAUGGUCCUACAAAAUAUGUUUCGGGUCCCAAAGAGCACUGUUUAGUAUCCUUCGGGCCCGCAAUAUCAACUAGUGCUGCUCCUCGUAAGAAAAUACAGAAGCGAGGCCCGUACGUCUAUCUGGGUCAGAACAUCGUUUCCUACGAUCUCAGUACGCUCAUCAUCAACAGAAAGUCCAGCUUUUGCCGGGAACUUCCAAACUCACUUCAUACUCAUGGCAUAUCUCAAAGACUAGGACUGACCAGAAAGCCAUCAUAUCAAAACUUGAGGGACUCCAGUUCAGCAUGUUCGCCCCCAAAAGACUUAAGAUCUGUUCUUCAACAUAAACCGCAAACUACUGAGCAUCAAAAGAUAUCAAAUUUCCCCUGCCAAGUGGUUCCCCAAGAUGAAAGAGGCUCCCUUACCGCACCUGGAGGUGACCCCUACACCGCAGGGGCGCCGAAAGUGACAUAUGAUAGAGCUUUGCGCCUGGCUGAAUCAUAUAGAGCACUGCUGCCUGAUAUGCGAACUCCUGAGCCGGGCUGUUCCGGACCAGAGCAGUCGAAGGCCGGAAAUAACCAUACUCAGAACAGCGGGCCAACCACAUCGCCAACUACGCAAAGACCACGGAUUUUAGUCGACUCUGACGACGGAAGAAAUGCGAGAGCACCAUCUAUUGCCGCAUCAUCAGUCACCGCUGUGGAAAGUGAUGUAUGCGAAGGCCUGUACGGCAACGCGCCGGUGCACAAAAUGAACAACGAUGAGACGCAUACACUUACGGUCAAAAUAGGGAUGUCGCAGAACGAUGAUUGGAGUACAUAUGCAAGCCUUCAGAUGUGCUUGGAUCUCUUCACAGACGAGCUUGUCGGUGCAUUGUUCCUCAAGCGCCAUCCAGAGGAAGGCGAGGCGAGAUCGUCGAAGCUGCAGAUCCUGUUACUCAUCGAAUCCUAUGAGGCAAUGAUCGAGAUAUCGAGGCAGAAGAUGUUGUGCUGGCCUGAGGCAGAUGACUUGAUACAUAUACGGGAAGGGAUCCGAAUUCUCAAUCAUUGGCUGCAUUGUCUCUAUCGUAUGUACGAUGACAGUUUUUCAAGUUAG